AUGGUGCCGCUAUUCGAAGUUGUCGCCACGCAGCUGGAGCGGGAUUAUAACCGGACACUGCCCCAUGUCUCGUUAAUCACCAAGUAUGGAAACGACACCGUGCCUUGCACCGAAAUGGAGUUUGGGCUCAUCCUGGACAAUCUGACGGAGCUGUACCGUGACCGGCAGCUGGAGCGGAACGGAUUAACGGCCAUUAUGGCCACAACAGUCUGCGCGGAGAUGUUCGCGCCACUCGGAGAUUUCGCCCGCGAAUCGGACAUCUUGGCGUUCUCCUGUACAUUAAACGACAAGGCCUUGAUCAAUCCCACCCGUUUCCCUUCGGUUAUCUCCGCCGGACCCAUCAAUCUACCAUUAUACGGGCAGACAUUCAUGCAGCUCCUCGACCAUUUCCAAUGGCACAGCGUGGCCGUUCUCGUCGAUGGACUGUCUAAUGAUUCUCCAGCAAACAGGGUCCGUUAUUUCCAGACGUGCAGGUACUUUUUGGAGGCACUGGCCAGCAGCAACGUCCAGACUCGGCAUAUCCCCAUGGACUCCGGCUCCAACGCCACCGGAUGGGUAUGGGCGCUGAAGAACGCGGCCGGCUUCACGCGCAUUAUCGUGUCCUGCACGACAUCCAUCAGACAGCGGACAUUUCUGAGAGUGGCGGAUGAAUUGGGCAUGUCCGACGGAGAUUAUGCGUUUAUCAUGCCGUACACGUUUGUGGUGCCAGACGAUCUACCGUUCACAUGCGACGACGAUAAUAUUCCCGACAACAACAGCAAUCUGUACUGCGGUCCCAGCGUGGUACAGUCCCUGAAGAGUGCCUUAGUCAUCCAGCCGACGUUUCCGAAAUGGGACAAAAUUGGCCAGACGAUGCGCGAUGCUAUGGUACGGCAGGGAGAACUGUAUAACAUCACCGAUUAUGACAUGCAGAGGAACCAGUUCGCAGCGAACUGCUACCAAACCGUGGAAAGUAUCGCACAGACAUAUGACCAUUAUUAUGCCAGGUGGAGCAACAACACGAAAGUAAGCGGAAAGCAAUUCCGCGAAUAUCUCGUCAACGCUACGUUUAACUUCUCCUCUCAAACCGUCCAGUAUUCCAACGCAUUGCGGGUCAGCACAAUACAGAUUCUGCAGUUUGACCAGAAAGCCAUUGACUUCAGGGUCAUUCUGGAAACGGACAGCUUGCAUCCUGGCGCCAUGAAAGCGUACAACCGUUCGGUAACAUGGCUACAUGGGACCGCUCCACUAGACCGGCCAAAAUGCGGCUUACACAACGAACUGUGCGUGGACCGGACCCCCAUCUACAUCGCCAUUGGUGCCACCGUCGGCUCACUUUUUGUCAUAUCCUUCUGUGCCUGUGCCAUCGUUCGUCUAAUCCGGCGACAAGACCAAACAGCCAACGAUGCGUUCUCCUGGUGGAUCAUUCCCGAAGACGACACCAUCUUCGCCGACGUGCAGAAGCCCAACCAAGGCCGGCAUAAGAGCACGCACACCUUGCACCGGCCGCUGAACGCCAUUGCUUCCGCCCCGGAAACAGAAGGCGAUGGACGCUACAUGGAGAUUCGCGGUGCGCCGUGCUGGGCGACCUGGAUCGAUCUGACACUCAAAAACACCGCAAGUGAAAUCGCUACACCCAGAAUGAUGAAGCUGAUGAAUUCCGUCCGUGCGAUGCGCCACGACAAUCUCAACCGUUUCGUGGGGAUCCAUAUAAUCAAACCAUACUGCAUCGCGGACGAAUACUGUCCACGCGGAUCAGUCGCCGACGUGUUCGCCGAUGAGCACCACGCACUGGACCGCGAUAUGAAAAUAUCCGCCGUCAUCGAUUUAAUUCGGGGUCUCCAUUAUAUCCACACCUCACCGCUACAAUUCCACGGAAAUGUAAGGUCAACAAAAUGUCUUUUCACAAAGCUCUUCUCCCUGCGGAUCGGCGAUUUCAGUAAUGACCGGAUCAAAACCCUGCUUAAACCGUCCGAUCAACGGGACACCGUGCCACCGCCCUGGAAAGCGCUAUGGAGUCCGCCGGAAGUGUUGCGUCGUACCAAACCCCGCGGUGCCGCCACUGACGUGUACGCUCUGGGCAUCAUCAUGCACGAGGUUUUUUACCAGAGCGGACCUUUUGCACUGGGACCGCUCGCCGGGAUUUCGCAACAAUCGGCUACUGAAACUGUAAAUAAAGUGCAGCACCUGGACGGUGCCCCCUGGCGGCCGCCCGUUCCAGCCGCCACUGUGGGCCAGAAAGAAACCUCAUUGUUACAAUUAAUCCGGCAAUGCUGGAACGAAGAACCCGAAUGGCGGCCCACCGUCAGCCAGGUGAAAUCCUCCAUAACCCGCCUAUUACAUCAGGAGAACAUCGACUCAGCGGCAUCUCUCAUUGACCGCGUCGUGAAACGCCUGGCGGCCUACCAUCUGCAUCUAGAAGCGUUGGUGGUGGAGCGUACCCAAGAAUACCUAAUCGAGAAGAACAAGUGCGAUGCCGUUCUGAAGGAGAUGUUUCCCAGGCCAAUUCUGGAACAAUUACGAGCCGGCAACGAGAUUCCACCGGAAGAAUGCGACAGUGUGACGAUUGCGUUCUGUUCUAUCGUCGGAUACGAAGCGCUGCUGAUGCGGAGCACCGUAGGGAAUUUUAUUGAGCUCCUGGAUAAAGUGUACUCGGGAUUUGAUUCGGCUCUGCAGCGCUUCGAUGCUUACAAAAUGGAAACUAUUGGCAGCAGUUACAUGCUCGUCAGUGGAAUUCCGAAUCGCAACGGCAUCCGGCACUGCGAAGAGAUCUGCAACGUUACACUGCGAUUCCGCGCCUUAUUCGGGAAGCUGUGCCGUUACGAACAGAUCCUCUUCCGCUGCGGGGUUCAUUCAGGAUCCGUUGCCGCCGGGAUUGUUGGCCAUAAAAAUCCUCGCUACUGUUUGUUCGGUGACACCGUUAACCAUGCGUCGCGUAUGGACUCCACGGGUGUGGCCGGGCACAUCCAGCUGAGCGAGAACAGCGCCAAUUUGAUCCAGUCUAGUGGACUGAAGGUCACGUGUCGUGGAACCGUCUUCGUUAAGGGUAAAGGAGACCUGAAGACCUAUUUCCUCGACUGAUUUCGAAGGAUGCCUCAGAAUAACGCAUGGAAAUCGCACAAGCCUGCAACGAUGCAAGCGUAUAAUGCCGUUGUGUCUAGUCAUCAUUCCCAUUCCCUGUGGUUGCUGCAGGCUUUUCUGGUGACAUAAUGGCCACUAAUAGUGCAGUGACCCGAGC